AAAGAGGUAGAAAACAAGAACAACAAUAACAACAAAGACCAUCGUAGUUUGGAGAAGAUUGAGGAUGGAUUGGCUCGAGCUCGUGCCGCGAUCAAGGAAGCAUCCCGGAGCCAGAGUUAUACAUCAGAAGAAGAACAGACUUUCAUUCCAAGAGGUCCCGUUUACCGGAAUCCAUAUGCUUUCCAUCAGAGUCAUAUAGAGAUGGUAAAAAGAUUCAAGAUAUGGACCUACAAAGAAGGGGAGCCACCCUUGGUGCACCAAGGACCAAUGAGCUAUAUCUAUGGUAUAGAAGGGCAUUUCAUUCAAGAAAUGGAAGAUGGAAUGAGCUUGAUCAACAAGUUUUUGGCUAGUAACCCUAACGAGGCGCAUGUCUUCUUUCUUCCCUUUAGUAUAGUAAACAUAAGGAUAUCAUUUUACAAGCCCCACGACUUCGAUCGUGGACCGCUCAAUAGAGUGACAUUGGACUAUGUCAAUGCGGUGGCGGAGAAGUAUCCUUAUUGGAAUAGAAGUCAUGGAGCUGAUCAUUUCAUGCUCUCUUGUCAUGACUGGGCACCGGAUAUUUCAUUUGGCAACCCAAAAUUGUUGCAAAAUCUUAUAAGAGCACUUUGUAACGCUAAUACAUCCGAGGGAUUCCAACCCGUGAGAGACGUACCAAUCCCCGAGAUAAAUGUCCCGGCUAGGCAAUUAAACCAACCAGGCUUGGGUUUGCACACAAGUAAGCGUCGAAUCUUUGCAUUUUUCGCGGGUGGUAACCAUGGCCACGUUAGAAAGUUCUUAUUUGAGCAAUGGGAGAAAGACAAUGAAAUCCAACUCUAUGAACACCUUCCUAAGCAUCUAAAUUACUUCCAAAUGUUAGGAAAAAGCAAGUUUUGCUUAUGCCCUAGUGGUUACGAAGUAGCAAGUUCACGUAUAGUCGAAGCUAUACGCGCAGAUUGUGUACCCGUAGUUAUUAAGGAUAAUUAUUCGUUCCCUUUCAGUGAUGUUCUUGAUUGGAGUCGAUUUUCGAUCCAUGUUCCGGUGUCGAAAAUUCCUGAGAUUAAGACGAUGUUAAAAGGAAUUUCUCCAAAAGAGUAUGAGAAAUUAAUACAAGGAGUUAAUAGUAUAAAGUGGCACUUUACUAUAAAUAGACCUGCUAAACCAUUUGAUUUAAUUCAUAUGGUGUUGCAUUCUGUAUGGUUACGAAGGCUUAAUAUAAGAUUGUCAUAUUAA